AUGACUGAUGCCAAAGAUAAAGUUUCGCUGUUCGAUCACCCGUCUGGCACUUCCGUUGCUCUUGCUGACACUGCUGCCACUCUUGACCGCUCACAGUGGCUGACUCGUGAUGCUGCUGUGCGCCUCGCUAUUCGCAACCACCUGCCGAUCACUGAGCGCGCGCAUUUUAGUCAGCACAAGACUGCUAAGGCACUGUAUGACGCUGUAGUUGCGCGCUACUCUUCCCCUGCCACUGCAGCCCUAGAUCGCCUCAUCCUGCCCUACCUGUUCCCUGACCUGUCCUCCUUCCCCACUGCUGAGAACCUCAUCUCUCACCUUCGCGCUAGUGACGCUCGCUUUUACGCCGCUCUUACAGUUAAUUUCCUCGCCAAGAAUCCCCCUCUGAUGUACUUUACCCUCUACUUCCUCGUCACCCGCCUCCCUGACACUCUCAGUUCAGGGUGCUCCCCCUCCCCUCUUGCCCCCUCCUACGCCUCUGCUGCUGCUGCCGUUGAUUUCCUUGGCGCUGAGCAGGUAGCAGCUGCUUCCGCUCCUAGUGGGAAGCACCGCAACGCCAGGGGCGGCAAGAGAAGCAAGGGUGGUGGAGGUGGCGGUGGAGGAGGCGAUGAUGGGGGUGGCGGUGGAGGUGGAGGUGGUGGGGGUGGUCGUGGGGGUGGAGGUAGUGGGUGGAGUGGCGGUGGUACCGGGAGCGGUGGAGGUGGCAGCGGCGGUAGUGGGGGAGGAGGGAGCGGUGGUGGAAGCGGUGGUGGUGGAGGGGGCUCCGGUGGUGGCCAGGGACAGCAGCAGCAGCAGCAGCAGCCAGCACCAGACCCCCACUUCUCAGCAGCUUCAUGA